GGCUUCAGCCUCCAUUCAGCAUAAUCUGUAAAGGCUUCGGCCUAGUAUGUAAACGGCAGCUGAGGUGCUGUUGAGUGGGAAGGUUCUAUAGAUGUAGUACCAGUGUAGCAGCCGCUAGAGGGCGCUGGUUUGCAACCUGGUUCUUUUCCCAGCAUGCACUUUUGGCUGAGUGGUGCAUUCUGGAACAGGGUUUUUUUGGGGUUUCACCUGGCGGAGGUGUGACACCUGUCUUUAUAAGGGCCUUCGGACAUUGGCUUUGGACGUUGUGUUCAAAUUUGAACGGAAUCAGUGAUGCGGUUUCGGAGAAAAGUGGAUAGUAACCCACAUGCCCAGUUUACAUUGAUAGAUAGAUAGAUAGUGCAUUUAAUGUAUGAAUUGCUUCCCAUGGGACACCCUGAAGCAAUUUAAUCAAUUGCUAUCCCUCACAUUUCAUUUCAUUUAUUUCUUACUACUUUAUUAUAUUUUAUAUCCUACCUUUUCUUCAAGGAGCUCAAAGAGGCAUGCAUGGUCCUCUCCCUCCUUUUAUACUCACACCAACCCUGUGAGGUAGGUUUGGCUCAGAGUUGGCGGCUUUUCGCCCGAGGUCAUGCCAUUAACUUCACAGCCCAGCAGGGGUGGGGGUGGAUCUGAACUCUGGUCUCCCUGGUCCACCAUCCUAACCACUGUGCCACACUGCCCGCUGCACAGCAGGAUCGCAUCACACUCAUUUUGUGGGGUGGAUAGCCCUUUAACGGAACUUUCAAAUAUUUUUCUGUGCAUGUGGUUCGCUCUGACCCUCCUCCAUCUCUGUUCCAAGUGGGAACAUGUUAGGAGUGUCUUUUUGCCGCUGUGGUGACCACAAAGUAUUGUUUUCAACCUCAUUGUUUUUGAAAAUGCAUACAUGCAUUCUGGCAGAGAGUGAGAUUGGGGGCAGAGAGAGAGAGAGAGAGAGAGAGAGAGAAUUUCCAAAAUACGUGGCAUAUAAUCACUGGCUUGUUCUGUGUUGUUUCCUUCCCCCGCAUCUGUCUUGAUGCCAGCUUAAUAGCUCAGCAAACUGGUUAAAGUUCUUAUGGCAGCCGUCUUCCCUGUUCCAUUUUCCAACUUCUUGCAAAAUUGCUGAGGAUGUUAGAGGAGAAUGGAAGUGUACUCUGGAAAGAGCACUUGAAGUUCCCUGUGAGCAAGAACAACUUUGGAGGAUAGCCUGUGUGGACUGCUGGAGGUGCUGAACCUUUCUCCCCACUUAAGCAGAGCGUCGCAUUUGGCCGAUGUUCGCUGGGCCCAGACAACCAGCUGUUGUUUUGGGGCCUCACGAUGGCCUCCCUCGCAAGCGUCCAGAAUUUGGAGAAUGCUGACGGUGUCGCCGCUGCUUCUUCUCUCCUGGAGGAGAAGUCCAAAAGCAAAGGGUUUUUCCAGCUCGGCUCCUUCUUCCAUUCCCGGAACGAGAAGUUUGUCAUCGCCAGGAGCGACAGCGUCCCGGAGGAGAACGUGUUGAAGAUCACCAUCACUGAAACCACUGUCAUUGAGUCGGACCUGGGCAUCUGGAACUCCCAUGCACUCAUCUACCUCACCUUGUGGUUUUUCUUCAGCUUUUGCACACUUUUUCUUAACAAGUACAUCCUUUCGCUGCUGGAAGGGGAGCCGAGCAUGCUGGGCGCCGUUCAGAUGUUGUCUACCACUUUCAUCGGCUGUGUCAAAAUGUUCGUCCCUUGCUUCCUCUACCAGCACAAGACUCGCCUCUCAUACCCUCCCAACUUCCUCAUGAUCAUGUUGUUUGUCGGGCUGAUGAGGUUUGCAACUGUGGUCUUGGGCCUAGUCAGUCUGAAGAACGUAGCUGUCUCCUUUGCUGAGACAGUGAAAAGCUCCGCCCCCAUUUUUACCGUCAUCAUGUCCCGCAUGAUUUUAGGAGAGUACACAGGAUUGCUCGUAAACCUGUCUCUUCUCCCCGUCAUGGGAGGGCUCGCUUUGUGCACUGCGACAGAGCUGAGCUUCAACGUCCUAGGCUUCUCGGCAGCUUUGUCUACAAACAUCAUGGACUGCUUGCAGAACGUUUUCUCCAAAAAACUGCUCAGCGGAGACAAGUAUCGCUUCUCCGCUCCCGAGCUUCAGUUCUACACCAGUGCAGCCGCAGUGAUCAUGUUGAUUCCAGCUUGGAUCUUUUUCAUGGAUGUGCCAGUAAUUGGGAAAAGCGGGAAGAGCUUCCAGUACAACCAGGACGUCGUCGUGCUCCUUCUGAUAGACGGAGUGCUGUUUCAUCUCCAAAGUGUUACAGCCUAUGCCUUGAUGGGAAAGAUUUCCCCUGUGACUUUCAGCGUUGCCAGCACGGUGAAGCACGCCCUGUCCAUAUGGCUAAGCAUCAUCGUGUUUGGCAACAAGAUCACCAGCCUCUCGGCCAUCGGGACUGUCCUGGUGAUGGUUGGGGUUCUGCUCUAUAACAAGGCCAAGCAGCACCAGCAAGAGACCAUUCAGAGCCUGGCAGCAGCCUCUCCUCCCCAAGGGUCCCAGAGCCUGAAUGAAGACACCGAACCACUGAUUCCCAAGGACUUGAAGCCCUACGAAUGAGGCCACCCUCUGUCCCUCUGCCACAACUUUGCUGCAGAGAAGCAUGGGGUGUUUUUAUUGGGGGUGGGGUGUAAAGGAUACAAUCCCAGCGAUUAACGCUGCUGUGGGCGCUUCCUGGGGACAAGGCCUAUUUUCUGCGGUUGAGAAAAAUGAGUUGCAUGCCAACAGAGAGAGAGAGAGAAAGAGAGAGCGCUCUUUAAGAAAUGGAUGUAUAGAAUGGAAACAUAUGGACUUUUGACUCUGUCUAAAAAGCGGGCAAAAUGUCAGGCGGUUGCUCGGGGCCCAGCCUCCACCAAAGCAAUGUGGACUGCAGCAAGUUUCUCCGUCGUCUGUACAGCGCCGCCGACCCAUCUCAUCCGUUGCAGCGACUUGAGCUGAAGCGUCUGCAUUUCGAAAAGACUACAAAGCAACGGUCAGCCACCACUUCAGCCCAAGAGGGUCAAGAGGGUUGUUUUCUGGAGAUUCAGAACCAGCAAAAGGUGGACCGGUUUGGGGCUGUGGGGAUUUUUAACCACUAGCAUGUUGCGUGACAGGUGUGCACCCCAUCAUCCCUGAGCCCCAAACACACAAUGGACUGAAAAGGGGGGAUACCACUGUCUCUCACUUUCUCUUAUUGGCAAAACCCUCCAGAGACCUUUCAGCCAUAUAAUCAGUUCUGAUAACAAUCCACACACACACAAUUUUGGUAGCCAUCUUACACACACACACCCCAAGUUUAAUUUCUAGGUGCCUUCUGAAUGAAAUGUACAUUAUUAAAAGCAUGGCUGGGAAAUACUUUGCACUAGAGGUCAGGAAGGUGGGCAGCUUUGAACAUCUUCUCUCACCCCACCUCCAGUUUUGAGACUGUGUAAGUAGGCAGUAAAUAACAGACUCUUGGGAAAUGUGGGAGUACCAGCUUGAUAUACAUAGCAAAACUUGCUUCUGAGAAUUAUGAAAUGGGAACCAAAGGAGGGAGAAGAAGGGUCCCUAUUUUUUUUUAAAUGGAAGAAAGAAAAAUAAGGAAAAAAUGGCAGAGGUGAUCCUACCUUCUCGUGAGGUUUCAGGUUAGUUCACAAGGUUGUAACAGCAGGGGUGGUGGGGACACUGGGGUUUUCUGGUUCUGUCCUGGGUAAAUGGCUCUAGUCAGCAACUAGCACGGCCAGAAGUUUGCUUUGAGAAGGAAGCAGAGGCUGGUGGGUUGUAGCCCCUGCUUGCCCUACUUAGAGGAGACCCACCGAAGUUAAUAAGCAGGACUCGCUUAUUUCACUGGGUCUUCUCUGAGUAGAGCUAAAGUUGGAUGCAGCCCAUAGGAGCAAAGGAAGCUGAUUCAUACUGUGUUGGCUCAGUGUUGUCUGCACUGACUGGCAGCAACUCCAGUGUUUCAGACAGGACUAUUCCCAGCCUUACCUGGAGAUACCAGGGGUUGAAUCUUAGGCAUGCAAAGCAGAUGCUGUAACACCUGAGCUGCAUCCUUCCAGGUAGAAGGUGACAGGACAGACUCUGCCUGCAAACUCACAAGUAGACAGCAGCAGGCCAGCAUAGACCAGUGAUCUAAGACUUGGCAUGAUUUUGAGUAGGUUUGCAUGAAAUUUUGUACACUCUCUUGCAAGGACAAUUGCACCCUAAAAGGCAUUUUAUAAGUUAUAUACGGUGCCAUCCUAAUGGUGUCUACUCAGAAGUAAGUCAGUGGGGCUUCUUCCCAGGUAGGCACGAUAAAGGAUUGUAGCCUGUGGUCUUUGUGAUCCAAGUUUUGUGCUGGAUAGAACGGGAAAGAGGGAGAGAGCCCAUAAGCUAGGACCUCUCCGGCCCACAGAGAUGUGGUUGCAAAUAGCAGAGUAAUGGCAGAGUAAACACGCUUAACUUAGGGUUGCGCUGCCCAAUACUGUUUAGCAUUGUGUUACAUUUCAGCAGGGACACCUUCCCUUUUGCAAAACAAACAAACAAACAAAAACGGCAUGUCAUGAGCCACAAGAACACCAGCCACAUUGCUACAGCUCAACGGAGGCUGGUCCAUCUGGGCAUGUUGCCCCACCAACCUCAGCCGGCCCCAACCUGCCUGCCUUCUUACUUGCAGCAAGACCAGGAGGUGGGAGUGGCUGUCAUUCUUAAUGUUUCCUGUGGAGACAAAAUUAGAAUUGGUUGGCUCUGGCGCCACCUACUGUUGGACUCCCUGAUUUCCGCCCUACCAGACACCACUGACAGGACUGGCAGCUGGUAAAAUUUUACCCAAGUCUGCCAAUCACCAGCUAGUUUAACAUCGCCAUCCUAUGCAUGCCUACUAAGAAAUAAGCCCUCGCUGAGUUAUUCAGGGCUUACUCCCAGGUAUGUGUGUAUAGGAUUGCUGCCAAAGUGAAACGCAGCCAUAGCUGUAAAGACAAGCAUUUUGUGCAUUACAUAUGUUAGACCUGCAUAUCACAGUAAGUGCCACUUUAUGGGGUGUUCACUUCCAUGUGUAAGAGAAAUAGGAGUACCUCUUUCAAGCUGACAUAUUUUUGUGUGUUAUCAGUGUUUUAUGCUGUAGUUGUGUGUGUGUUUUUAAUCAGCCACGCGAUGAACAGAGGAACUUUUAAAAAAACUUACCAGUAAGCUUAUCGUCGGGUAAGCAAAUCAAUUAACUUAUACUAAACAUUUACCAACUGAAUGUUUGUUUGAGGAGUUGCCAACUUUUUUAGGCCUGUCUGCGACACUGCCUCUGGUCACCUCCUCCCCCUCCCCAGUUCAGCCCUGCCCUCAAGGGCCAGAAAUAGAGAACCUGUGUACUGUAUUUGCAUACUUUGUGUCCCCCCCCCCUCUGUGUAAACAUCAGAUCCAGUAGAGCCUUGAAAAGAGUUGAAAGAGGAAAUGGGAAAGUGUGCCUCUCUAUCAGCUUCCUCUUUCAUCUCUUUGUAUCUUUCGGUUGGGGGGCGGGUAACCACCCUCACCAGUUUGUGACAGAGGAGACAGUGAGUGGAUAGGGCAAGGGGCUCAGAGGCUUUCUGGGUGCCAGAAGACCUCAAGAGCCCUAUGAUGCCUGCGGGUUUCAUGUUGGCAACUGGUGGUUUAAUCACUAAGCAUUCCAGCACGAAUCCUUAUAAACAGCAUGUCUAUGUUUCAGCAUUGCAUGGGCUUUUGCAAUAAGAAUGACCUCAAAUAGUCAGGUUCAGGAUGGUUGUACCAAUCUAUAAGAUACCUCAUCCCACGAUACCUGCCUCAUCCUCUGGGCUGCCCAGAAAGAGGCAUAGCCUGGCUACAGACAAAACUGGUAUAGCCACAGAUUCCUCCCCUAAUAAUCAUGGGAAAGGUAGUUCCAAGAAACAAACUACUAAGAGAAUCAGCAUAAUUCUCGGCCCUCUUGUCAAGCUACAAUUUCCAAGUCUACCAGGGAAACAGUGACAGUUAAGCACCUCAUGGCCAUCAAACCAAUUUAUGUCUCUGGUGUGGAACAGUGCUUUUCCACUAAGUCCCUAGUUGAUGGUGGGUGCAAGUCCCGCUGUCCCUGACUGCUGCCACAGCUGGCCAGGAAUGAUGGGAGUUGUAGUCCAGAAGCAUCUGGGGACCUAAGGCAGUCAGUUUUUGACGGUGUUUUAAUCAAAGAUGGUGUUUCUGGGAAAUGCCUGCAAUUUAGAUAAAUCGUUCACAUUUGCUCUCCAGAAAAAGGCAAUAUGUUUUUUCCUGCGGAAACUUGAACACACAAUCUCUCAUGGGUGCUUUUUUUUUUUUUUGCGACGGGGCCAAACCUUAAGUAUACUGUAUUGCAGGCAUCCUCAAACUUCGGCCCUCCAGAUGUUUUGGACUACAAUUCCCAUCUUCCCCGACCACUGGUCCUGUUAGCUAGGGAUCAUGGGAGUUGUAGGCCAAAACAUCUGGAGGGCCGCAGUUUGGGGAUGCCUGCUGUAUUGGGAUACCAAUAUGAAAAUAAAAGUGCAUGUAAUACAUAAUUGAGUAUGUUCACUCUUCCAGUAUUGACUUAAUGUGGAAUGUCCAUCCGCUUUAUAAACCUGCUUUCAAGCACAACCAAUUUGAUGUAACUGUGACAUCCGCUUAAAGUCUCCAAACGGACCAAUCCUGUGGAUGAGCUUUUGCUACCUGCGUAAGAGGCAAAAAUACAAGCUGCAAUGUUGUUUGUUUUUAAAGGAAAGAAACUUGUAACUGUACAUAAUCCUGUUUUUGUUCACUGUAUCUUCUAAGAAUUCUCUUUUUGGUAAAUAAAAACAAAACCAUG